AUGAGUCAGCCAAAUAUUUUGAAUGCUAUUCUGAGCCGAGCCAACAAUCAAAAUGAAUUUCAAUUGAGUUGUCCCCAACGAUAUAUCCCUGACCAGAACGAGACCUACGAAAGCAAAGUAAAAAUGUACCUGCGAUUCCAUGAAGAUUUUGAACGUAAUGAGAAGUGGCCAAGUGGGAUUUCAACACAUCGGAUUAAUUCAUUUACCCAGCACAGAGCAAGAGAAUUUGAAUAUGAGAUUGAAGACAGCAGUCCUACUUAUUUAUUGUUGAGGAAAAGCCGUAUAACUUGCCCCAUUUGUAUGAUUGACAUCAAGAGAGAAGAAAUGGUGAGAACACUGACGUGCGGCCACGUUUAUCAUAAAGCGUGCAUCGAUAUUUGGCUUAAGCAAAAUGCAAGGUGUCCUAUUGAUAGGAAGUCAAUGUUAGAAUAA